GUUCAGUGCCUCCAUCCGUACGAAAGGCCUCAUACAGCAAUUAUGAGGCUCUCAUUUGGCUUGCUACUGCCAGUAAUCGCUGGGGUAGCGCAUGCUACUUCCUCACGCGUCGACAGCUUCGUAUUCACAGCAUCGAAGGAACUGGAUGCUGGGUCCGUUUCCCUUACUCCAGAGCAAGUCAGGGUUGUCCUGGCGCAACAACUCGAUGUCACACAAUACCAUAGAUUAGGUGCCGGAGACAGGAGUGAAAAGGAGCUGAAACUCAUCAACACGUUGGGCGGGCAGCACCCUAAACUCUUCGAUGAGGAUGUUGCGGGGGCAACCUCUCCUAGGCACCUAGUGGUGUUCUUGGACGUCUCUCUUGACGGAAGCAAGGCCCUCAAGGCCAAAUGGAGUGAAAAAGGUCGGACGGAGCCAUCAUUUGUGAUGGUAGGAAGUCCAGGCCGUGAGUCCGUUGGCACUCUCGUUCGAGACAUCCAACAGCAGAUUUCCCCGCGAGAGCUUCCUAAUGAGCAAUGCACUCUUACCAAGGCCAUCGAUGUGUCUGCCUCCGAAUGCUGGCACAACAAGAAUAGCCAUAUCAUGCACAAGUUCACCGAUGAUAGCUCCGACUUCGACACUUUCGUCAAGAGCCAAGACUCGCUUUUCAGUGCGAUCGAAAAAGGAGAUCUCGAAGCGACUUUCCUUCUGAUGACACCAGGACAGACCAACCGCUUCAAGAAGCAGCCUUGGGGAUCGUAUUCGCUUCCAGCUUCUGACUCCGAUCUUCGGAAACGAGAACAAGAACAGCCAAUGUCGGACAUCGUCUCUUCCUCGUCCUCCUCCACUCUUUCUGGACCUCUACCUACUUCUACCCCCAUCGGUCGUCUCCCACCGCUCUGCUACAACACACUAGAAUCUUGCACCACAUCGACACAAAACUGUUCAGGGCACGGGGCGUGUUUUCGUAAGUUCGGCCCCGCCGAAGGGGCGUCGGGCGCCAGUUGCUUUGCCUGCAAAUGCUAUGGCCCAGACCCAACGGAUAAAACGAGGAAGGGCUACUGGGGAGGGGCUGCGUGUCAGAAACAAGACAUAAGUGCGCAGUUCUGGAUCAUCGCUGGCUUCAGCGCUCUCCUGAUCGGGAUUGUAAGCUAUGCCAUUGGGAUGAUGUUCAGCAUUGGGUCCGAGAAGUUACCGGGAGUCAUUGGGGCUGGAGUUGCGGCGAAGACAAGGUAGACGGUGGGAAGGUAAACGUCUGGAUGACGUGAAACCGGAAUCACUGCUUUCUACGUUUUGUUUUAGCUCAAAGCCAGGGCUCGGGUUGGCGUUUUGAUGUAGAAUCAUGUAUACAUAGCGAUUACGUGCACUGCACGGCUUUGAAGGAUAUUAGGAAGACGAUGCGAAGUCUGUUAUAAUACUCGUUGUUUUUUGUGAGGUUUGAAACAAUU